UGCGAGCUUUUCAGGCGCGGGCGUGCGGGUGAGGGGGGGUAUGCGCCCACGCAACGGCCGCCGCGCCUUGCCGCCCGCCUCGCGCCAGUCAGCAGCAGUGGCUCGUGUUGGCUAAACCAUCUUGUAGGGCCAUCCUCUUUUUUCUUACCUUAGGACACCUAAACCAACACUAUCACAAUGGCGGAUGAUGAAAAAAAGCGUCUCGAGGAGGCGAAGAAGGCCAAACAGGCCGAGAUCGACCGCAAGCGCGCUGAGGUGCGCAAGCGCAUGGAGGAAGCCUCCAAGGCCAAGAAGGCGAAGAAGGGUUUCAUGACACCUGAGAGGAAGAAGAAGCUUAGGUUGCUGUUGCGUAAGAAAGCCGCUGAGGAGUUGAAGAAGGAACAGGAACGCAAGGCGGCCGAGAGGAGGCGCAUCAUCGAGGAGAGGUGCGGCAAGCCCAAGAACAUCGACGACGCCAAUGAAGCAAUGCUCAAGAGAAUAAUACAGGAGUAUUAUGACCGCAUGUAUGUGUGUGAGGGCCAGAAGUGGGAUUUGGAACAUGAAGUCAGGAAAAGAGAUUAUGAGAUCUCCGACCUGAACUCUCAAGUCAAUGACCUCAGAGGCAAAUUCGUCAAGCCCACACUAAAGAAGGUGUCCAAAUACGAGAACAAAUUCGCCAAGCUCCAGAAGAAGGCCGCCGAAUUCAACUUCCGUAACCAAUUGAAGGUUGUCAAAAAGAAGGAAUUCACCCUUGAAGAAGAAGACAAAGAGGCUAAGAAAGCGGAGAAGGCGGAUUGGGCUAUCGGAAAGAAGUAACAUCUUAUAAAACAAAACCAAAAAUACCUUAAUAUUUGUUGUACUUCCAUCUAUACCUAUACUUAUUUAUCGAUGGAUUUUAUUACUAAGUUAUUAAAAUAAAUCUAUUUUAUAAUUUCUCAAUUAUACUUUCAAGACCCCUCUUAAAUUUAAAAGCAAAAAUAAGGUGAGAUUUUGAAGUGCUGAAUACAGCUUAUGGUAUUUAUGUAUUUUUAAAUGAAUCCUCAACGCCCAACCGCUUCAACUGCGAAAUUUAAAAAGACUCAUUUACAUGUAUAUUUGAAAGCCUUUCCCUGCAAAGCUUUGUAAAGACCUCUUUGUAUAAGCAAAUUUAAUAGGAACAGAGAUUUUUCAGUGCUAAUAUUUCUUGUAUCUAUUUUUAAAACAGUGACUAACACUCUUUUGAAAACUCCACAAUCUGUAGGUUCAUCUGAAACUUGUUUAAAAUUGAUGAAGGGAAACAAAUUAUACGACUCUGAGUUAUCAAAACUAUAAUUUUGUUUGUACAAAAUGAUACAAUUCUAUUGAGAUCAUUUCGGGUGUAUAUAAUAACCAACCAUCUCCCUGAGUAAUUCCGUAAAUGAUUCCGGGUCGUAUCUAACUUCUGGUGACUAAAAUUUAUCUCAGUUUUUGUUGUUCGACUCUCAACACGAUACAGCUAACAAAAUGCUUCAAACAACAUUGUAUCUUUACAACUCUUGAUUUAUUGGCACACAUAAAUUCCACGUCAUGUUAGACAAAACACACGCGUCCCUAAAUUUGACUUUCUCUGAAUUGGUACCAACUUUAAUGGAAUGUUCCACAGGGCGGUGCUGGUGGCAAG